AGUCAUUAAAUUAUUUUGGUUUUUCAUAAACAUGGGAGUCGUCAAUCAAUCAAACACGCCAAAAACACAUUAUUAAAUCGUACUCCUAUUAACAUUUAACAAUACUAUAAUAUGGACCCCAAUUUCCAUGCUUCUCUCCCUCCAAUUCCAUGUAUGACUACCCACUAAUUCCCUAUUCUACUCCUACUCCUAACUCUGUCAUCUCUCUGUCACUCCUCUUUCUCUCUCCUUCUUCUUCAUCUGCUUCGCACGUCUUUCUUCUUUCUCUCUCUUAUAUUCUUCAUAAUUUUGUUAUAAUAUGGGAUCAUGUGUAUCAUCUUUCCACAAAAAUUCUGGGUCUUCUAAAGUUGAUCAAAUUUCUGUUGUUCCUGAUUCUUCGAUGCCACCCACUCCAAUCAAAGAUAAACCCACCAAUGUUGACCCUCAAUUUGUCUCCUUUAAUCGUAAAUCCCGUAUUUCUCCCUUUAAUUCUAUUUCAAGUCUUCGCAGUAUUGGUGGCAGCAAAGAUGAAACCUUUUAUGACACUCAAGGUUGGCUAGACUCGGAUUGUGAUGAUGAUUUUCAUAGUGUGAAUGGAGAUUUCACUCCUUCUCGGGGCAGUACUCCUGCCCAUCAUGAUGGAACUCCUCGACUUAGCAGAGUAUUCUCCCCACAAGUUAGUAGGGCUGUUUUUGAAGGCAAAAAACAUAUGCGUAGUGCAUCAUACCAAUCUCGAAGCAGUCCCUUAGCUCGCCGGAGCUUUUCAUCUACCACUCAAGCAACUGGAUCCUUUUCUGAAGAAGUGGUUGGUCCUAAUUCAGUUACAUCCUCAACAACUAACCCACCAACUAAGAGCAAGAAACUUCUUGAUCUUUUUAAAGAAAGCAUGAGAGAGCGUGGAGAUGUAGGCCUAACUCCAUUUCUAGAUUUGCCACCAAAACCACCAACUAGAGCCCCAUCUGGUUUGCGCUAUGUAUCUAGCAGUGAUCCUGUUGAUGAUCAUGUGCACGUAAAAGAAAAACAAGGGAGAUUUUCACAUGGCUGCUUUCCAAGAUUGGCUUAUGUCCGUAGCUUAAGUGGAAGAAAGAAGACAUCUUAUCCUCCUAUGGAUGACCUAAAAGCCUGAAAAGAGCCAGACUGCUGUGAUUCUCAGGUCAGCUGUAAUUCUCAUUUUACCCGGUGUAGGAAGAUUACACUGCUUGUGCAAUCUUCAAGGAUCGAUCUUAGUACAAUGUACAAAGUAAGUGAUAAGGCAGCUUUCAAUAAUUGAGGUGCUAAGUCUGGUCAUUUUCGAGCCUUGUAUACUUCCAUUUUUCUUGGCUUCUUGCCUUGCUAUGUAAAUAGGUACCGUGUAGAAAAUGAGGUUACGUCGAAAGAUGUUUACUAAAGUAUUUGGAAACAAUUAGUGGCUAUUCUACCUUGCCUGCCAUCAUGUCAUGUGUGUACUUAAAUCGUUACGGGGCUAAUUUAUAACCUUGUAUAUGGUUUUAAACUUAUCAAUGCUUGUAAAAAGCCUAAGCUUCUUGCUAAUAGGUCUUAAAUUGUUCA